AACACCAAGCCUGACAGAUGUUUACGCGCCAAACAAACAAUAUGCCUGCUUGCUGGCAAACGUUUUGUGAAAAGAGUUCACAAUUACAUUUUUAGGUGCUAAGAUCAUUACAACAUUUGGUGUGCUUAAUUUUUGACUUAACACGUAUCGGUAGCCAUUUCUAGCAGUUUUAACUAGAGUUAAAGAACAAAAGUUAGCUCAAAUGUGCUACUAUGUAGGCGCGAAAGGCAGGUGUUAAAAAACUGGACGCUUGUGUUUUCAUGUAUGUGACUAAAAAAGACUGUUAUAUGAAGUGAUUAGCGCCAAGAACAAUGUCUGCGACAACGCCUCGUCGGUCUUUGCGUAUACCUCAUCAACAUACGCCUAAAAUGUCUGAAAGGAAAAAGACUCUGUUUGCUGAUGCCUCGCGGGAGUCCCUGACAAAACAUCGGCACCUCCCUGUGGUGGACAGCGAGAGUGACAGUGACGAGUGUGACCUCGGAAUCAUCAGCACCCUGGACCAAUCCUCAGGGGAUGAUUCAGACCAUAGUGUUCCAAAAACACCUGAAAAGGCGAUUUGGCAUGAAACCAGAAGCCACAGCAAGUCCAUCAACAGCUUGAAGAACUUCAUGAAAUCACCCUUCACAUUGAAAAAGUACCAGACUAGACAUUCCUGUCCUGAAGGACAAUAUGGAUCCUUAUCCACACCAGUCACCCCACAUGUGCAACAUCAUCAGGGGACACCCUCCUCAACCCAUUCCUGCACCAGUGCACACACUGUAUCUUCAACUUCGAGCAAGGCCAGGAAGAGCCUGGCAAACCUCAUCGCAGACACAGAAAGUUGUAGCAGUUCUCUCAAAGAUCUCAACUUUGACACAGACUCUGGUACUGACUCGAAAGAAAAUACACCAACAAAAUGCUUACGACGAUCGUCAAGAAGGCAUAAAAUGACACCAAAGUUCCAGAGCUUCAAAGGCAUAUUAGUUGAGCAAAAGAAAAAUGUUACACCCAUUAAAACAGCUGUCAUAUGUUUAACAAAAAUGGACAUGAGUAGCUAUAUCUCACCGACUCAGAUGUUAAAAACACCAAACAAUACAUCUCAAAAUAAAUCUCCCCCAAGGUUGAGUCACCGUCGGGCCGUCAUAGAAAUAGCAGAGAGUCCUGAAUCUGGUGGGAGUGGUAAGAGUUUCAAAAGGCUUCACUACGAAGGAAUGAGUGAUAAAGGUCCAGUGCCUAAACAGCCUCGUUUAGAUCCGUCCGUAGCACCGAAGGCUCGUUUGUCCCUCUUCAAUAGUGACAGACUUAAGGAGAUUCUAUCAACCAAGUCAUUCUACGGCAAAUCAAAUCCAGAUUUGAAUACGACAAUUACUGCUAAGAUAUCAAAUGCUAUAGAGACUGCAAACACUCAGCGUCGUCGUCCAUUUUCCCAUUCUCAUUCUCAUCGACGUAAGAGAAGGCCUGGUGAGAUAAAUAUGGGAGUUAGACAUAAGAUUCGGAAGCCCAAAAUCCAUAAGUCCAAAGUUAUCAAUGGACAGGGUCCAAAUAAAUCAUUGUCUAGUAGUUUCAAUGCUAGUUUAGAGCACACUGUCGCAAACAAGUCAUUGAACAAAGAUGCUUCUAUUGUAAGCCAAUCGUCGGUUGAUGAAAAAGCAGACCCAUUUGACAAAGAAAAACAAACAAUAGAAGCCCUGCUAAGCCAGUGGACAGAGGAAGAGGUCCCAGAAUCUGAACUAAUUUACUCAAAACCACAAGAACUGCCCUGUUUCAACAGCAACGUCAUAGAGGCGACCAAUCAAAUCUUCCAACCAGUUACAGCCGUACCAGUUACUGAUAGUUUCAAGCCAUUGGACUCUGAUACUGUUAUUGUAGAGUUGGGGAAUCCAAAAGCAUCACAAAUAGCCAACACUUCAAAUAUUCAAAUAAAAAUAUCACAAAAUUUGGCAGGGAAUGUGAUGAAUCCAGUAGAAUUGACCAGUGAAGUACAGGCAGGUCAAGACGUAGUGAUGAUGGAUCAGGAAGCCUAUGUGGAUGCUCAUGGGGAGAUGUCUAAGGACGGCCAGUACUUGCCAGUGGAAGGAGGAUACAUUCUAGUAGAUGGAACUGUUGUGCAAGGUCAACAAGAGAUACCAGAUUUGGAUGAAAUCGAGCGGGAAUUGAGCAUGCUGGAUGAGAAGAUACUACAAAUGGCACAGUCCAACAACAUGGAUGCAGCUGCUGUUCUGGCCUCCACAGAACCUGAGCCUGAUGUCCCUGUUGCCAACUCUACAGGACCAAACAAGGAAAAGCCGCAUAAACUUUUCUCAAUAUUCAGUGAACCUAACCCUGGAAUUAAUGCACCGAAGGUCAAAGAACCGUCAGUUACUACAGAGAGAGGCAAGAAAAUGAUCAAAAGUGGAAGCAACCAAUACAUCCUCGAUGCUGGGCAGAAGAGGUUUGGUAUCACGCAGUGUACAGAAUGUGGAGUUAUUUAUCAGAUUGGUGACCCUCAAGAUGAGCAUGAUCACUUGGUGCACCACAACGCCACCGAUGUACUGAGGUUCAAUGGUUGGAAAGAAGAGUGCAUAGUGGACCGCACGGAGACCGGUCGAUGUAUCCGCGUGCGAGGCGCCGAUGCGGGCUGGAGGCGCGUGGAGAGCGUGCUCGCGCGUGUAGUACAUCCGCAGCUGGGGUACGCGCCCGAGCUGCCCGGCACACCGCACUCUUACACUGCAUAUUUAUACAUUGAGAAGAAGCAAAUAGUGGGCUGCCUGGUAAUGGAGCCGAAGUCGAGAGCGUACAAACUGCUGCCCGGAGAGCCGGACUGUUGCAGCGUGGAAGACUACCCUGUCAAAUGCGGCGUGUCCCGAGUGUGGACGCACAAGUCGUUCCGCCGGCGCGGCAUAGCAGUGCGGCUGCUGGACUGCGCGCGCGCGUCGCUGCUGCACGGCGCGGCGGCGCGGCGAUGUGAGGUGGCCUUCAGCGCGCCCACGGCGGCCGGCAAGGCGCUCGCCACCGCCUACUGCGGCACCAGUAACUUCUACGUGUACUUGGACUAACUGCUGACCACUGUCCGUGUUAUAUAGUCACGUAGUCUGAACACAUUAGCGAAUGACAGCGUUGAAAUGAGAGCACUGAAAGUGAUGAUUGGCCGCGACUGUACCUCCCUGAAUGGUACUGCCCCCCCCCCCCUCACCCCCAUAAAAGUUAAUAAAGUGUAAUACAGAAUCUCAUUGAAUCUGGUGCUUGCCAACCAAAACAUAAAAACAUGCCCAUGGAGUUUCAUUUAAGAAAUGACAUAAGUAAUUUAUUUAUUUAAAGCACGCCAACAAUACACAUAUAAAACAUUAAAAAACAAUACAAUGUGCCACAAAACAGACUUAACUUGUGAAACGUCCUUUUUUUUUGUCUUUACAAGUUAAGUCACUUGUCAUGUUUAUUUUAAGCAAGCCUUUUUUUCUUUUAUAAGAAAUUUUUACCCUUAGUUAGGGCCCCCCAAAAAAUUAUGAUACAGGGCCUCUCCAAGGCACGCUACGCCACUGGUUGAAUAAUACAGAACAUCGUUCAGUACAGUCGUGUCCAGAUUUCCAGCUGUUCCAUCACAUUCACUGCUUUUCCAUCAUUAUUUAUGACACUCAUAUCCAGCUUUCUUCUUUCGCAUUGAGUGCUGUUCUUUCUUUUAAAUUUGUACAGUCGCGUUCAGCGCUGUUCCGUUUCAUUCAACAUUGCACAUGUACACUCGCGUUCAGCGCUGUUUCGUUUCGUUGUUCUGUACUGUCGCGUCGAAUAUUAGUGUAAUUUUUCCCAUCUAAAACAUGCAUUGUGUUAGAAAUGCUCAGACUAAUUUCGUAAGGACUAGUAUCGCACCCAAAUUCAGGAAAUUGACAUUUUUUGAGGAAAAUUAGCUUAGAUUAGAUGAGAAGAUAUAUCUUAUACUACACUAGAAGUUAUUGAACAUUUUUUACGCCAAUCAACUAUACAAAAAGAUAUACGGGGAUAUACUCUUUAACCGACGAACACGAUUAACAACAACGACAGUAUUAACGACAGCCACAACAGUCAAUUUACUAUGAAACAUCAGUUCCAUAGAGACAGUUUUUAUAAUCGCAUUAGAUCGUUGAUCAUAUACUUUGUCAGAAAAUGACGUCUAGCGAGGCAGGUCCUUAUGUAAUUAGUCUGAGUAGAAAUGUUAACGUCUGUUUUUAUUUUUUCAUUGCAUUAUUUUUGCAUAUGCAAAACAUUUCUAAAUUAUUAUUUACGCUAUUGUUAAAUGAACUGUUUAGGUAAUGCUCAAAUUUUUUAUAAACGGGACCAAGACAUUCUUGUGUAUAUUUUAAGAUUUAAAUCCUAAGGAUUAUUUUUUGAAGUAAUUGUAUUAGAAAGUGCCAAAUUGGUAUAAGUACAUACUUUUUAUGCAUGUGCCUGUAAAUUAAGAACAAAAAACCUUUUGAUAAAAAAAAUAUUGUAGACUUGAUUAGUUUAAAACUAUAAAAACUUCAUAUGUUUAUUUAAAAGUGAAAGUAAAACUAAAAUAAUUAAUUAUACUUAUUUAAUAGUCACUUACUUUAUUGUUUUUGAUUCUACUACUAAUCUAAUUUUAAUUAAAAAAAGAAAUUCUUUUUUUUUGAAUUUUGAAUUUUUCAUUAAUUCAACCCUUUCGGUAUAUUCAAUUUGAAUACUUUUCUUUUUCGAGUUUAAAUGAGAUUUUUUUAGUUUAAGAAGAGAGGUUUCUUUAACUCCUUUUGAGAAAUAUUAAAAAUACUUUUUUUUAUAUUAAAUAGACUUUGAGUACUUACUUCCUUUUUCCUUCUCUUACUUAUUUUUUUCUUCGUUUUUGUAAUAUUUAAUGAACACGCUUUAAAAUAUUAUUAAAAAUAGUUAAUUUGGUAAAAAAAAGUUACGUUACAUUAUCUUUUCUAUCUAAUAUAAGUAUUUCUAACUACCCGCGCACUGCAUUUAUUUAUGAGAGUGAUAUUAUAAUUUCUAACAGACAGAAAAUGUGAAAUAGAUUUAAUAUUUACGGCAUUAUUAAAAUACUAGCGGACGCCCGCGACUUCGUCCGCGUGAAACCCUACUACUACCCCUACCCCUACCCUACCCCUACCCCUACCCUACAACGACCCUACCCUACCACUACCCUACCACGCGACGGCGACGGAAACUUAAAAAAUGGAGUAAAUUCUCCCGUUUUCUCAACAUUUCCCUUGACUGCUCUGCUCCUAUUGAUCAUAGCGUGAUGAAAAGUAUACUAUAAUCUGCCCAGGAGUAUGAAGAAUAAUUGUACCAAUUUUUGUUAAAAUCCGUCGAGUAGUUUUUGUUUCUAUAACGAACAUACCACGCCACGGAAGCUUAAAAAAUUGAGUAACUUCUCCCGUUUUCCCAACAUUUUCCUUCACUGCUCUGCUCCUAUUGUUCAUAGCAUGAUGAAAAGUAUACUAUAACCUGCCCAGGAGUAUGAAGAAUAAUUGUACCAAGUUUCGUUAAAAUCCGUCGAGUAGUUUUUGUUUCUAUAAAGAACAUACAGACAGACAGACAGACAGACAAAAAUUUUACUGAUUGCAUUUUUGGCAUCAGUAUCGACCACUAAUCACCCCCUGAUAGUUAUUUUGGAAAAAUAUUUCAUGUACAGAAUUGACCUCUCUACAGAUUUAUUAUAAGUAUAGAUUAUCUAAUAAGAAGGAAAUUGUUAGCAAUUAACGGUUUUUUUUCGUUUGAUUGUAUAUUAAUAAUCUCAUUGCGGAGAAAAUUACUCAAAAUAUGUUUACCUCAUACACACGCUUAUUAUAGCUCUCUAUUUAAGAUUAAUGGCGAAACUUUCUUGAUUGUCAUAAAAAAAUGUUUGAUAAAAAAUAUACUAGCCAUAUUCGCUUUUAAUUUAUUAAUGGUUUUUUUAAGGUAUUUGUAAGAGUGAUGAUUUUUCUAUUUACCAGUCUAGAUACUUUUGGAUUUCCCUUUUUUAAAUUGCAAAUGAAAUUCUUAUUUUUAUAAAUUAAAAAAAAAAUAAUACUUAACGUUAAUUCUUGUAAAUAUACUUUUAUGGUAUACUGUUUAAAAUUCUCAUAACUACCUAACCUAAUUUUCUAGACUGGUGAAACUAAGAAACUUACCCCUUUUUCUUAAUUAGAUAUUCUUUUUUUAAUAACAUAGAUGCGAGUCCAAAGAUAUUCGUACCUUUACAUUGCCAUAGGAGUUGUAUAUAAUAUUUAUUUAGUAAUUUUGUUGUUGCUUAAAUUACUAAGGUGUGUAAAUUAGUAAGGUGUAAUUGUGUGAACUCGCAUUAUGCCGACAUGUUAAAUUUUAAGUUUUGGAUUAUUUUUUUUUUACGAGACAUAAGUGUCAUUUUGGUUUAAUAAAAAAUAUUUUUGAUUACCUAC